GACGGUGUUCACACAGACACGGGAGGAUCCGACCAGACUCUGGCACAGCCUCCACAAAACACGAUGCUCUGAAAGAGGAGUAUCACACUCCAGCUCUAUCAAGGAGGGACUGAAACUUCUCCACUUUCUUCAGAGUGAGACAGAAAGGUCGACUCCCUCCCACUCCCUACAAUGGCCACCCUCGAUGACGGACACAUCCACACCUUGAGCUCGGAGCUGCCAGCCAUGUUUGACGGCGUGAAGCUGGCAGCCGUGGCUACCGUGCUCUACGUCAUCGUCCGCUGUCUGAACCUGAAGAGUACCACAGCGUCGCCGGAGAUCAGCUACCAGGACACACCGCUCAGCCGCUACCUCUUCAAAGCCUGCCCGUUGCUGACCAGAGAAUACAUUCCUCCCUUGCUGUGGGGGAAGAGCGGUCAUCUUCAGACAGCUCUGUAUGGCAAGAUGGGACGUGUCAACACUCCAACGCCCUGCGGGGUCCGCAAGUUUCUCCCAAUGCAGGACGGGGCCACAGCGUCCUUUGACCUCUUUGAAGCACUCGGAGAACACAGCACAGGAGAUGACAUAACCAUGGUAAUCUGCCCUGGGAUCGGUAACCAUAGCGAGAAGAACUACAUUCGGACCUUUGUGGAUCACUCUCAGCGGCAGGGAUACCGCUGUGCUGUCCUCAACCACCUGGGAGCCUUGCCCAACGUGGAGCUCACCUCCCCCCGCAUGUUCACCUAUGGUUGUACCUGGGAGUUUGCAGCCAUGGUGAACUGCAUCAAGCGAACUCUCCCCGACACUCUGCUGGUGGUCGUGGGCUUCAGUCUGGGAGGAAACAUCGUGUGCAAGUUCCUGGGUGAGAACCGAUCCAACCAGGACAGAGUGCUGUGCUGUGCCAGCGUCUGCCAGGGAUACAGCGCCCUCAGGGCCCAGGAAACUUUCCUUCAGUGGGACCAGUGCCGGAGACUGUACAACUUUGUGUUGGCAGACAACAUGAAGAAGCUCAUCCUGUCACACAGGAACAGUUUGCUCAGCAUGAACUCCAGCAACAUUGGUGACGAUGAAUUUAGCAGACUGUACGCGGCCACGUCUCUGAUGCAGAUUGACGACAGCAUCAUGAGAAAAUUCCACGGCUACGACUCGGUGAAGGAGUACUACGAGAAGGAGAGCUGUGUGCACUACAUCCACAAAGUCACUGUGCCUCUCCUGCUGGUAAACUCCUCCGACGACCCACUAAUACAUCAGUCACUGCUGUCUAUUCCACGCACACUCUCAGAGAAAAUGCCUAACGUGAUAUUUGCCCUGACCCAACACGGAGGCCACCUGGGCUUCUUCGAGGGUGACGUACUGUUUCCGCAGCCCCUCACCUGGAUAGACAAGUUUAUAGUCCAGUACACAGACGCCAUCUGUCACUGGGAGAAGAACAGGCUGGACUGCCAGAGGAGCAGCCAACAGGACACAAACUCUCGCCUGCAGAGCACAGGGGCAACGCUCAGCGGGUAACACGUACACACACGACUGGAGACGAAAAAACAACAUAUCAAAACACACACGGGCAUGCUGCUGCUCUUCUGCUCUUCUUCUCCUUCUUCUUCUUCAGCACUAACGGCCUUACACUUGAGUCAUUCUGAUACAUGUUGGAAAUGUAAAAAAACUAAAUUUAAAGGAGAAGUAGGGGGCACAAAAAUGUAAAUUACAAAUGACAGACUUAUUAAUAUCUGAGGGUGUAACGUUACCUCAGAGUCAAUUGUUCCUUCCUCUUUUGUGAUGAGUCACAUUUCGCCAUCUGCUGGUUUUUGGCAGCUGUUGCGUCUCUCGUCUCGUUUGGACUGUUGUUAGGGUGACAUAAAAUAAUACUAAUGGAUAACUAUGACCUGUUCCUGUGUUUUAGAAAGAAGAGAAAGGUGAAAUUUCCCCCACAUAAAUCACCACUGAGAGGUUUCCCAAAUACUCAGGUACUUAUAAAUCAGCACCAGAUAGCCUUAAAGUGGAUUAAUACAUUAAAGUAUAUACAUUUUUUGCUCCCUAAAAAAAACAAUAUUUACUACCACUAUAUGCAAGUGCCUUAAUAUAAACGGGAGUCUUCAAAAGGUUUACAGGUUUAAAGGAUUUCCAGCUUUUAUACGAUGUCAACAUGACGUUUUAAUGGUCUCUAAUGGUCUUCUUCUUUUAUGUUGCGUAUUCUUUGACAUGAUGCUGUCUAUUUCUAUUAAGAGAGUCAUGUUUUCUUAAACAGUUUUGUUUUUGGAUGUAUGGUUUAGCAGUCAUUUUGUUCACCACGUUAACAGAUUUUUUUCUUUACAUUUCCAUUAUGAGCAGCGGACCAUCAGCCUGCAUCGUUGCUGCUGACCUUUGAAAUACAGCAAUCAGGGUGUCAGGUAGAGGUUUAAGGAUGUUUA